AUGUCCGCUCCGCGCCGAAUCUCCGCCACGGCGACUGCCUCCUCCGCCGUUGCGGUGUCCACGCAGGCUUCCGCCGGCGCCGCCGGUUCUGCCGCCGACGGCGCUGACGGCGCCGCUCAAGGGGACGCCAGGGGAGGUGCAGGAGGGGGUGCAGCGAGCAGUGGCGGCAGUGAAGCAUGCGCCAGCAGGCACGCCGCUUUCGGUUCUGCAGCGGCAGCUAGCGUCCGCGCGUCGCUGUCGCUGCUGCAGCGGCAGCUGGCAUCCGUGUUCGCGCGCCUUCGUCUCUCGCUUUCCUUCCCAUCCGCCUCUCCGCCCAUGCUGCUGCGCCACCCUUUCCCUGCCUCCACCCCCACACUGUGUCCCUCGUUCCGCCCUUCCGCCGCAUCCUCACGCAUCCGUCGCCUUUCCCCCGCGCGGCGGCGCGGAGCGGGAGCGGGAGCGGCGGUAGCGCAGGUAGCGGCGGGCGUCGGGGCGGGCGACGUGCAGACGUUCAUCCUCACGGCGGGCGCGCUCGCUGCCGCCGCCGUCUCCCUGCAACUUGCGCUCAAGGUGCCGUUCUCCGCGCAACCACUCCGCGCACCCACUCCGCGCACCCAUUCCGCGCACCCACUCCGCCACCCCUUCUCUCCCCGCUGCUCGUCCUCCGGACGCCCCCCCCCCCUUCCAAUGGCCUCCCCUCCUCACGCCUACGUUUCUUCUCUGGCUUCCGUGCUCGCUGUACACAUGCUCGCUGCACACAUGCUCGCUGCACACAUGCUCGCUGCACACAUGCUCGCUGCACACAUGCUCGUUGCACACAUGCUCGCUGCACACAUGCUCGCUGCACACAUGCUCGCUGCACACAUGCUCGCCUCACACAUGCUCGCUGCACACAUGCUCGCUGCACACAUGCUCGCUGCACACAUGCUCGCUGCAUACAUGCUCGCUGCACACAUGCUCGCUGCACACAUGCUCGCUGCACACACGCUCGUUGCACACAUGCUCGCCACGCCUCACACGCUCGCCCGGGGUCACUCACUAUGCGCCUCCUCUCUGCCUGCUCCUCUCUCCUGUGCCCCGCAUUCUCUCCUGUGCCUCGCAUUCUCUCCUGUGCCCCGCAUUCUCUCCUGUGCCCCGCAUUCUCUCCUGUGCCCCACAUUCUUCCGUGUGCCCCGCAUUCUCUCCUGCGCCCCGCAUGCUGUCCUGUGCCCGUGCCCCGUCUUUCCGCAUGCAAUGCUGCCAGGGCGACCCAGUGCCGUGUGCCAAGUGCGGGGGAAAUGGUGA